GUGAGUUUUGCUGAUUUGUUGUUGAUAAAUAAAAGUAGGGGUACGGAUGGAAAUAAUGGAAACUAGAGAGGGUAAUAUUAAUAUGAAAUUGCAAUGACAACUUGCGGCAGCAUUAUUGACUCAUAUGUGUGGAAGUUGUUCCUCGAGUUGUGUUCCAAAAAUCAUCGAUCGCACUUUCAGUUUCUUCAUUUUUAACCUCUUUGUCAUCGGAAAUAUUUGGUUACUUCAAUUUUAACUUAUUUAGCAUUUCUUGGUGCUGCUAGAGGAUGGGAACAAGUGAAUGGCAUUGUGAAAAAAGGUCCAGCUUUAUAAAUGAAGAUCUAGAAAGUGCCCCUGAAACUGGGUCACUCUCCAUUAUUGUGCUUGGUGCUUCUGGUGAUCUUGCUAAGAAGAAGACAUUUCCGGCACUUUUCAACCUAUACCGGCAGGGUUUCCUACCAGCAGAUGAAAUUUGUAUUUUUGGCUAUGCAAGAACAAAAAUUUCUGAUGAUGAAUUGAGAAACCGCUUACAUGGCUUUCUUGUUAAGGAAAAAGAUGCUUCCCCUGAGCAGUUGCAGGAUGUAUCGAAGUUUUUGCAUCUGAUCAAAUAUGUAAGCGGCUCUUAUGAUUCUGAGAAUGAUUUCCAUUUAUUGGAUAAAAAGAUUUCAGAGCAUGAAUCUUCAACAAACAGUGCAGAGGGUUCGUCUCGAAGGCUUUUCUAUCUUGCACUUCCCCCUUCAAUAUAUCCAUCGGUUUGCAAGAUGAUCAAGACCUGUUGCAUGAAUAAAUCUGAUCUUGGUGGGUGGACACGUGUUGUUGUUGAGAAGCCGUUUGGUAAGGAUCUGGAAUCUGCAGAGCAACUCAGCACCCAGAUAGGAGAGUUAUUUGAAGAACCUCAGAUUUAUCGUAUUGAUCACUAUUUGGGAAAGGAACUGGUGCAGAACAUGUUGGUGCUUCGUUUUGCAAAUCGCUUGUUCUUGCCCCUGUGGAACCGCGAUAACAUUGCUAAUGUACAGAUAGUAUUCAAAGAAGAUUUUGGAACUGAAGGUCGGGGUGGAUAUUUUGAUCAGUAUGGAAUUAUCCGAGAUAUAAUUCAGAACCAUCUACUGCAGAUUUUUUGCUUGGUUGCUAUGGAAAAACCUGUUUCUCUCAACCCUGAGCACAUUCGAGAUGAGAAAGUGAAGGUUCUUCAAUCCGUACUUCCUCUUAAAGAUGACGAUGUUGUUCUGGGACAAUAUGAAGGCUAUAGAGAUGACUCUACUGUACCGGACCAUUCAAACACUCCAACUUUUGCAACUGUUAUUCUUCGAGUACACAAUGAAAGAUGGGAGGGUGUUCCUUUCAUACUAAAAGCUGGGAAGGCCCUAAAUUCAAGAAAAGCGGAUAUACGGGUUCAAUUCAAGGAUGUCCCUGGUGAUAUUUUCAAGUGUAAGAAGCAGGGGAGAAAUGAGUUUGUUAUACGCCUGCAACCUUCAGAAGCUAUGUACAUGAAGCUAACGGUCAAGCAACCUGGAUUAGAGAUGUCAACAGUUCAAAGUGAGCUAGAUUUGUCAUAUAGGCAACGCUAUCAAGGGGUAACCAUUCCAGAGGCUUAUGAGCGUCUAAUUCUUGACACAAUUAAAGGUGAUCAGCAACAUUUUGUUCGCCGAGACGAGUUGAAAGCUUCUUGGGAGAUCUUCACCCCACUUCUGCACAGCAUUGAUAAGGGAGAGUUCAAGUCAAUCCCUUACCAACCUGGAACUAGAGGUCCUGCAGAAGCAGAUGAAUUGUUGCUAGAAAAAGCUGGUUAUGUUCAAACACACGGUUAUAUAUGGAUCCCUCCUACCUUGUAAAAAGAUCAAUGUCAUACUAGCAUACACUGCCUGGGGACUAUUAUUUGCUUACACUGAAUAAGCUCGAGAAGAUCACCUCGGUAGAGGGGUUUCUCAUACAAGGUUAUUGCGUCGAGCAUUUCAAUAAAUAAGAAUGGUUCAGACGGUUUGUGUAGCCAUCAUCUGCUAUUGAAUGCAAAAACAUGGAAACUCAAUUUGAUUUUGUUGUGUUUGUAUUUAUUUCUUCAACAAUAUAUGAAAAUGUAACGUUUCUGAGUUAUAUUUGACCAAUACCAUCUCAUCUGUAACUUCAAUGAUGCACAAUCUUCAAUCAACAUAACCAUUUCCCUGUAAUUCUGAAAUUAUAAUGAGUGAAUAAUCUAGUUUUUGAAA